AUGUCGAAGCAGCCCUGCCAAUCCCUUCACCUUGAAACAAAGGUGAAGAUACUGACUGACGUGGAGAGUGGCAAGUUUUCGAAGACUGAAAUCGCCAAGAAGUACGGCAUUGCGAAGAGCACCAUCACCGGUAUCGUCAAGAACAGCGCACGGAUUCUCGAAUCUUACAACAGCGGCGAAUUUGGGCCGAAACGAAAGAAGAUGAGGACGGCCGCACACAAGGACUUGGAAGACGUUCUCGUCGCUUGGGUGCAUCAAGCACGCGGUGCUGGUCUUCCUGUGAAUGGUGUUGUGCUUCGUGCGAAAGCCCAGGAGAUAGCCUUACGCCUCAAUGUCCAGUUCACGUGCAGUGAUGGCUGGUUAGACCGUUUCCAGAAACGGCAUGGCCUGGUGUUUCGGUCGUUUGUCGGGGAAGCUGCAGCUGUCGACGAAGCCGUAUGUGAUGACUGGCGCUUGACAAAAAUGAGAUGCUUAUUACAAGAGUACAACCCGGAGGACGUCUAUAACGUUGACGAGACUGCCCUGUAUUACCAACUUCUUCCAAAUCGGACGCUCGCGUUUGCGGGAGACCCGUGCACUGGCGGGAAGCACAGCAAACUCAGGGUUACUGUGCUAGUCGGCGCGAACAUGACUGGGACGCACAAACUCAAACUUCUCGUCAUUGGCAAGGCCAAGUCACCAAGGUGCUUCAAAGGUGUGAGGACAUUGCCUGUUGACUACGAAGCGAACUCGAAGUCUUGGAUGACGCAGGUGCUAUUUGAGAAAUGGCUGCGCGGAAUGGACCGUCGUUUCGUUAGAGAGGGUCGAAAAGUUCUGUUUUUGGUCGACAACUGCCCGGGACAUGGCAUCGUUAGUGGACUUACGGCCAUUCGGGUGGAGUUUCUCCCGCCAAACACCACGGCCAAGCUGCAGCCAAUGGAUCAGGGAGUGAUCAGCAGUCUCAAAAGGCAUUACAGGCGGUCCCUUCUCCAAAGAAUGCUUCUGUGCAUGGAGAAUGGUAAAGAUUACCAAGUGACCCUCUUAAGUGCAAUCCACCUUCUGUCCAAUGCCUGGGAACAAGUUAGUAAAGAAACCAUAGCCAACUCGUUCCGGCAUGCAGGAUUCAUCCAGGACUGCUGCUCAGCUGCAGAGGAAGGCAGUGAAGAGUUGCAGGAGGACACAGACUUGAUGUCUACACUGAGCAGUAUUGGUGUGCCGGUGGACAUUGCUGUAUACUCCAGUGUUGAUGAUGAUGUCGCCACAUGUAGGGAGGACACCAUGGAUGCGCUGAUUGGAGAGGUGCUCUGUACUGAAGCACAGACGUGUGAUGACGAAGUGGAAAAUGGGUGUGAAGACGACGAAGUUCCACCAGUCACCUCUAAUACUGAAGAUGAUGCUUUGAGCAUAUUGGUGCAAUACUUCCAGCAACACAAUGACACUGAACAAUUUCUCGCAAACAUUGGACAGAUGAGUUCAUUUGUGGCGAAGCAACGCUUGUCCCAGCAGCGUCAGUCGAAGGUGACAGAAUGGUUCAGCUGCCCCUCAAGUGCAAACCCAUAA